GGUAAAGGCAUUGCCAUGAAACCUAACUUGAAGCAAUGGAAACAACUCAUGCUUUUUGGUAUCUUUGCAUGGGGCCUGCUUUUCUUGGUGAUAUUCAUCUAUUUUACAGAUAGCAACACUGCUGAACCAGUUCCAAGUUCCUUUUCUUACAUUGAAACUAAGAGACUUCUGCCCCUUCAGGGCAAACAGAGAGUCAUCAUGGGAGCCAUUCAUGACCCAUCAUUCUCUGAAACCAUUGAUGGCAAUGAGGUGCUUCUUAAUGAAGAUCUCCUAGGUACUUUUAAAUCGGGGACUGGAAAUUCUAAGAAAUGGACUGUAUUGGAAGAGGCCUUUAGAAAUGAAGAUGAGUUUUUUCCACCCCAGUUAGGAAGAAAAUCAAAAAGUGCUUUCUAUCAAGUGAAUGAUGAUUAUUUAUUUGCUGCUGGUCAGCCUCACUCACUCAACCACCUUCAAGAGAUAGAAAAAUUCAUUUCGGCUGACGUGAAUAAUCCAAGAGGAAAUAUUUUACAGAACAACUGGAGCCAUCAGAGAAGAAUGAGGAGAAGGAGCACAAAGCGUAGGAGAGGCCAGAUGCUUGAUGAAUCUGAUGACUGGGAUGGGCUGUAUUCCACAAUGUCGAAAUCCUUUCUUUACAAGCUUUGGAAAGGGGAUGUCUCUUCCAAGAUGCUAAACCCUCGACUGCAGAAGGCGAUGAAAGAUUAUUUGAGUACCAAUAAGCACGGGGUGCGGUUCAAGGGGAAGCGAAACUCCAAGUUGACAGGAGACCAGCUAUUCUGUGAGCUAAAAGAAAGAGUGAAUGUGAAAACAAUAGAUGGCAAGGAGGCUCCCUUCUCCACUCUUGGAUGGGAAAAGCACGUUCCCCAAAUUCCACUGGUCAAAUUAUAUACACAUGGCUUUGGGAGCUGUGCAGUAGUUAUGUCUGCUGGUGCAAUACUGAACUCCUCUCUAGGGGAUGAAAUAGAUUCUCAUGAUGCUGUUUUAAGAUUUAAUUCUGCUCCAACACGUGGCUAUGAAAAAGAUGUUGGCAAUAAAACAACCAUGCGGAUCAUUAAUUCUCAGAUUCUCACCAAUCCCAACCAUCACUUUGUCGACAGCUCCUUGUAUAAAGAUGUUAUUUUAGUAGCCUGGGAUCCUGCUCCCUACUCUGCAAAUCUGAAUGUGUGGUAUAAGAAGCCAGACUACAAUCUGUUCACUCCCUACGUACAGCAUCGCAGGAAGAAUCCAACCCAGCCAUUCUACAUCCUCCAUCCAAAGUUUAUAUGGCAGCUCUGGGACAUCAUUCAGGAGAACACUAAAGAGAAGAUACAGCCCAACCCUCCUUCUUCAGGGUUUAUUGGUAUCCUCAUCAUGAUGUCCAUGUGUAAUGAAGUGCACGUGUACGAGUACAUCCCUUCAGUGCGACAGACCGACCUGUGCCACUACCAUGAACUCUACUACGAUGCAGCUUGCACCUUAGGGGCCUACCAUCCACUGCUCUAUGAGAAGCUCCUGGUGCAGAGGAUGAACAAAGGUUUGCAGGAUGAUCUGUAUCGGAAGGGGAAAGUCAUUUUGCCAGGGUUCAAAGCUGUCAAGUGCCCCAAACGAAAUCAUUUCCCACACUUGUAG